AUGAAUUCCCCCUUAAGCCCAAGCGUCCCAAGCACAGCACCCUACUCGCCGAAUGCAGAUCCACACAAGCAAAAGCAAACAAAACGACCACGUCAAAAAAAAGGGGAAUACAUGAAAAAACUCGAAGAAGAAAAUGUUCAGCUCAAGAGCGAUAUUAAUAUGCUCAUCAAUAAAAUUACUAUCAUCGAAUCUCAGAAUCAAACUCUGAUGCAACAAUUAGAAUUUUUCAAAUUGCCAGGUAUGAAUUUUCCGCCGGCAAAAGAACAGCCCGAAUAA